GGAGAACGAAAGAGCUCUCACUAGUUCGGCAUUGAAAAUUCUCCUCCUUCUCUCUAGGAAUAUUUCGACCGAGAUACUCCUGGACAGUUCGAACAACCUAAGCUCAUACUUACCACGAUUGAAACUUGAAUUUUCUUGGAUCCUCUUGCUCGGAAUUCAUCAUAGUAUCAUAAUCCAUACUUGGUUGUUGAUACUUGGUGUUUUUUGAACGAUCUGAAGCCAGAAAACCAAGUUUGAGUUUACAGAAUUAUUGUUCACGAAGUUCAAAAAACCAGAAUUACAUUUUGGAUCAUAACUCAAGAGUUUGUGAUUGGAUUCGUUAAAGGAGAGUUGCUUGGGGUUCUCCAUCACCUGGCGCACCUCCCCACCCUUCUCCGGUCACCUGGGAGCGCCGCCGUACCGGAGAAACGAACUAGCCGUUAGGCGCAGUUACUGUACACCGGCGGGGACUGUUUUACAGUUUCCGGCCGCCUACGACGUCCAAUCCAAAUUCUGAGCACACCUCGGAGGUCGCCUGGUUGAGUUUUUGUAGGUACCAGGUGCAAACGAAAUACAUAGCGAUGAUCUCCAUCUUGAGGAGAUCAACAUAUUGUAUGUUGGGAUUUUUCUGAGCACUUUGGUUCGUGGAUGGUACUGUUCAUCAUCUUCUUCGUUGAGCUCCGGCCAUGACCAAGAAGACUAAGCAGCACCGGACCCCACCGAUCAAAGAUAAGCAAUUUGAUGACAAGGUGAGAGACCUUUUGGCCAAGAAAGCAGCAAUGGAAGCGGGGAAACUGAAAAAUAAUUCCACUAUGAAGGAGGGUAUCCCUUCUUCGGACCCAAUCUUUUCAAACUCCUCAGGAGCUUUUGCCGCGGCACGAAAGUCAACAGCUUCCACUCCGGCCACGGCUUCCACUCCUGCCGCGGCAUCCGAGGCUACAGGGGGACAUCAACACAUUACCGCGGCAUCAACCAAGGGCACGACAUCGCUGGGGUCAUUUGCGGAAAAACUGCUGGGGCUGGAUUCCAAGUCCUCUAAUGCCGCGGCAUCCAAUGAACUGUCCCUUGUGAUCAAACCCAAUGUCAACAUGGAUGCUCCCAUCAUUGAGACAUCUGAUGAGAAUAGUCCUCAUGCAUGUGAGGAACCUGAGGGGUCUAUCUCCCUUGGGUCCCAAGACACUGAAUCAGUUGAAGAAGGAGAGGAUUUUGAAAGAGAGCCUUUGACUUAUGCUUCUUUAUUUCGGGACAACCGAGCACCUUCAAACGGCCUAAAGCUUGAGUACUUUCCUCCUUCGGGGGAAAAGCUGGAUUUUUCUCAUCUCGAGGUGCCUACCCUAAUUGAGAUUUGGGGUUACUGUUUGGUGGGCCAUUUCUCUGGUCGUUUUCCGGGUAUGAAGGCUAUACUUGACAUGAUCAAGAAAUGGGGUGUGAGAGUGGAUGUAAAAUCCCAUAGCAAAGGAUGGGUGGUUUUCAAAUUCAAAACUGAAGAGGAUCGUCUCAAAGUGCUAACCGAGGGCCCUUACGUCCUAUUUGGGAAAACCAUGUUCUUGAAAGUACUUUGAGAUGAUUUUAGCUUCGAGAGUGAGGAAUUCUUGAAGGUCCCUACUUGGGUCAAGUUUCUGAAUCUACACCUUAGACUUUGGAGAGCUACGGAGAUUGGUAAAAUAGCAUCUCAAGUUGGGGUACCUAUCACUACGGAUAAGGUAACCCAAGACAUGACUUUCACUAAGUAUGCUCGGGUCCUUAUUGAGGUAGACGCUUCAAAGCCCUCGGUUAUGAAUUUCCCUAUUGUCCCCCCUUCGGGCAAAGAGUAUGUUCAAAAGGUUUUGUAUGAGACUUAUCCGGAAUAUUGCUACCAUUGUAAAAGCUUUGGCCAUAACCCGUUUGAAUGUUAGGUACUAUAUCCACAUUUGGCAACUAUCAAGGUUGCCACGGCUAAAGGCAAAGGGACAGAUGCCACGACUAGGGGCAAAGGGACACAUGCCGCGGCUUUGGUGAAUGGCAAGGAGGGUACGGUGCUUGAUAAAGGCAAAGGCAUAGCGGUGGAUCUAGAACCACCCUUUAAGGAGGUGACUCGAAAGAAGGGCAAGGCUAAGGGGAAACCACAACUUGUACAAGACAUUGCUUCAUCGUCCAAUGGCAACCAACUAAUGCUUACGGUGUCCAACCAUGGAGUUAGUAUUGCGAAAGAGCUACUUGGUCCUUCCUUGACUAUUAAGCCGAGACCUAGUGUGAAAUUUUCCAAGGAAGACCACAAGUUGAUGGUAAUUACCAAAGACAAGGAGGGAAAGGAAAUCUUGAAGGAUAUGCCGCGGGGUUAUGUGAUUAGGAGCAUGUACGAGAUGGAUCCCAAGGACAUAGUAACCGGUGUUUUCAUGGAUGACAAGGGAAGGCCUCUCGCUACUACUAUUGACCUUGAUGAGCUUCCGGAUGGAGAGACUUUGAUCAAAGUAGGGGCUGAUCUCAAACCGGUGACUAAUGAAGAUGCCCUGGGCGUGUACUUCACGCACACUGGUAUUUUGAAGAUGCCGGGGGUUAAGCGCAAUGGCACUUGGUAUGAUUUCGAUCCUAAAAUCUUUAUUGCUAACGUUUUAUCUUUCUUUGAUCCUUGUAGUAGGAAUAAUGUGAGCUACUACAAAGAACUCCUAAGGAGAGAGCGUAGAAGUGCAAGGAAGGCGGCUGCCGUGGGUGGAGGAUCUACCACGGAUCUCUAUCUUUCUUAAUGACGAAGUUUUUGGUUGAAGCUAGGGCUUGUUAUCUGCACCUUUCUAUGGGUGACAUCAAAUCAAGGAAGACGUGGUUCGUGCUUCCUCGUUUCCUUUCAAAUUACCAAACAUUGCUCAUGGAUACUUUUAUUUAUUAUAAACUACUUUUGAGCUUGCAUGCUCAUGUUAUUGGCCGAAUGUGGCCUAUGAAU